AGCCUCCAGGGUCGGGACAACUGCACUGAACUGCAAUGCAAGCACAUGAGUUGUUUAGACACCUACGAAUGCCAGAGCUUGGGGACGUCAGGCAGUAUGUGCGCACCCUUCCGACAAACACGCUGAUGGGCUUCGGUGCUUUCGCAGCUCUCACGACCUACUGGUAUGCCACAAGGCCUAAAGCACUAAAGCCACCAUGUGAUUUAGCAAUGCAAUCUGUGGAAGUAGAGGGUGGUGAGCAUGCUCGAAGGUCCUCUCUUCUUAACAGUGAUGAACUGUUGAUUUACUACUAUGAUGAUGUGAGAACAGCUUAUGAUAUCUUCCAAAGGGGUUUGCAAGUAUCAAAUAAUGGUCCAUGUCUAGGUGUUAGAAAACCAAACCAGCCAUAUGAGUGGAUCUCCUAUAAAGAGGCUUUAGACAGAGCAGAGUGUGUGGGUUCUGCAUUACUCCACCGAGGCUUCAAACCAUCUCAUGUUCAAUAUAUAGGAAUCUUUUCACAAAACAGACCUGAGUGGGUUAUCAUUGAACAGGGAUGCUACGCGUUCUCCAUGGUGGUGGUCCCACUCUAUGAUACACUGGGAACUGAAGCAAUUACCUACAUUGUGAACAAAGCUGACUUGUCAUUGGUUUUCUGUGACAAACCUGAGAAGGCCAAACUUCUGCUAACCAGUGUGGAAAAGGGGGAAACUCCAAUACUCAACACCAUUGUUAUCAUGGAGUCUUUUGGCAUGGAUCUUGUGGAACGUGGCAAAAAGUGCGGAGUGGAAGUCUUCAGCAUGAGAGAAAUGGAG